CGAUAACAUUGCAAUUGGCAAGCACGUGAAGUUUAUGUCCAGUUUUAUUGCGAUGAAAUUCACACCCGUUUUAGUGUAACACAACGUAUUUGACAGAUAUGAAACAUCAAUAACAGCAUCAGUUGGAUAAUGGCCGAGAAGAAGCCAGACCUCCCCAGGGGCCUAAUAGGACGCACAGGUGUGCCAACAGGGAGAGGGACAAGAUUACCAUCAAUUAGAGGUCCAAGAGACUUGACUCUUGGUGGAAUUCCGAAGAAAGUGUUCACUCCUACAAUCCCUGCAGGCAGACGAGACAAGACUAAAGACAGUCAAGUACAAGAUGAAGGCCCAAAGAAGGAAGGAAAAAGAGGACACAGUGCUGAUAGAAAAGGGUCGGGAUCAGAAAGGGGCAGAGGACGUGGACGAGGUAGAGGAAGGGGCAAGCCCCAAGAUGUCAUACAGUCAUAUUCCAUUUUUGAGCAAGGGCCCAUAGAGAAAUUAGCCAAAGGUUCAAGUGACUACCGAGGUGGUGCUGGGGGAGGAGGAGUAGGAGGCAGUAGUGGAGGAGGAGGAGGAGGAGGAGGUGGUGGUGGCAGAGGGGGAGGUUCAAAGUCUGCCUCAUCCUCUGGGGGGAUCAGGACUGGGAUCAAGACAGACCAGGGUGAGGAUGGAUCCAAGCAAGUCCUGAACUAUCUUCUUAGGGAUGAUUUUAUAGACACCUCUUGUGAUGCUGAAGACCCCACCACCCAGCCUGUGCUGCUACCUCUGUGUGCCAUGGUGGACAGACAAACCAAACCUGAUCUUAAUAAUGUCAACAACACCAAGAUCAAAAAGGAACCUGGUUUCGAUGCGGAGAUUGACAGUGUUGACUCCAAGUCGCCCAAAGUGUCGGGACUAAGGCAGUCUCCAGUUGUGGUUGAGGAGAGCUGUGAUCAGCUCUUUACGAACCUUGGGAAAACUGAAAACAGUGACUUGAUGUUUUUCCAAUUCCCUGAUACCAUGCCUGGAGUUCCAGCCAGCAAUAGAGGUGGAGAUGGUGACGACAGACAGAAAUCCCAGACUGGGGCUAAGGAUGGGGAUGACUUGGCCAAGAAGAUGAGUUCUUGUUCCCUCUCCGAUUUCUCCGAGGGAUACAUGGGUAAACUGGUGGUGAGGAAGUCGGGGCGUACACAGCUAGUGCUGGGCAACAUCACACUCGACGUUUCCAUGGGAACCAAAUGUGGAUUCUUACAGGAUUUAGUUUCAGUAGAAACCAGUUAUAGCGGAGGAGAUGCAGGCCACAUGGCCGUGCUUGGCCACGUCAACAAGAGACUUGUAUGUACACCUGACUUUGACAGUCUGCUGCUGACCUUAUGACAACAGGAUGUAAAUGACAAAUGAUGAGUAAACGAUGGAACAACCCACAAAAGUUUGCACUGUUAUGCAGAAUUGUCCCCCAAAAGACUACAUCACUGUGCUGAAAUGUGCCCAGUUAACAUCACUUCACUGGGAUAUCCUCCAGUGUCUAAUCCACUGUGCUUGGAUGUCCCCAAAAGACUACAUCACUGUGUUGUGCGGUCCCCAAAAGACUACAUCACUGUGCUGUGCGGUCCCCAAAGACUACAUCACUGUGCUGUAUUGUC